AGGGUGGACUAGGUAAUGUCCAAGGGUGAGCCCUUGUCUGUGCCUGCACCUGCUAGUGGGUCUGCACACCCCCUCUUCACUUCCAUAGUAAAUACGGUGUUGUUUGCCCCACAGCUGGCCGGGUCAGCGGUCAUUGCUUUUGGACUAUGGUUUCGAUUCGGAGGCACCAUAAAGGAUUUGUCGUCGGAGGACAAGUCUCCAGAGUAUUUCUACAUGGGGCUCUACGUGCUGGUUGGAGCUGGGGCCCUGAUGAUGGCCGUGGGGUUCUUUGGGUGCUGUGGAGCCAUGCGGGAGUCACAGUGUGUGCUCGGAUCAUUUUUUACCUGCCUACUGGUGAUAUUCGCUGCUGAAGUAACCACUGGAGUAUUUGCUUUUAUAGGCAAGGGUGUAGCUAUACGACACGUACAGACCAUGUAUGAAGAGGCUUACAAUGAUUACCUUAAAGACAGGGGAAAGGGAAAUGGGACUCUUGUUACCUUCCACUCAGCAUUUCAGUGCUGUGGAAAAGAAAGCCCUGAACAGGUCCAACCCACGUGCCCAAAGGAACUUCUAGGCCACAAGAAUUGCAUUGAUGAAAUUGAGACCAUAAUCAGUGUUAAGCUCCAGCUCAUCGGAAUUGUCGGUAUUGGAAUUGCAGGACUCACGAUCUUUGGCAUGAUAUUCAGUAUGGUCCUUUGCUGUGCAAUACGAAACUCACGAGAUGUGAUUUGAAGCUACUUCAUCAUGAAAAUUGCAAACUAGAGUUUUCAUACUAAAUGUCACAGGAGCUGUCUCUCAGCUCAUUUUUAAUGUUCAGAGGACAUUAGAAUCUAAAAUAAUUUACUGUCGAUUGUACAUUUGCACAUGUAUGUACGUCUGGCUCAUUACUGGUUUGCCCCUUGAGUGAAUGGUAUGUUGACUGGGAACAUAGUCACAUGUGAGCCGUGUGUUUCUGGCAUAUACAUUAUAGAAAUCUGUUGGCUGGGAGUUCCUGAUUCUUGUUCUGUAAGAGGAACAACCUAUUUAACUACCAGAAAAAGAUCAAAUAGCUUUGAGAAACUUUAAAACCUGGAUUUCAGGAAAUGUGAUAAUAGUUCAGUUUCUCAGACAUCAGCCAGGAAAAUUAGAUGCAUACAGAGAAUUUGGGGAUUUCUACUUAAUGGAAGCAAUAAGCUACAGAAUUGAGAGAUCAUGGUGCAGUGUUGAAAUUGACUCUGUCUGAAUAUAGGAUUUCCUAGGAUUUUUUAAUAUAUAUUCUCUCCCCCAAAAUACAGUAAACCACAGUUUUAAAACUAACACAUCUGUAAAACUAAAUAUAGCAUGGAAAAUCUAAUUUGAAUAAGUCCUGCUUUCCUAGUAUUUAAAAAAAAAAAAAAAGCAAAAACAAAACCUCCCUCUGGAAAGAGUAGUCACACAGACAAUCAUGUGCCCUAAAAAGUGUUUAUAGAACUGAAAAAAAAAACUUUUAAGGCAAUAUUUUUGUUCUUAUACAAAUACAUGUAAGUAUUGCUUUAUCCCUUUCUUUUUCUGACUCUGCUCUGAACUACUGCAACCCUCAUAUCCUCAAAAGGGCUUUUAUCUUGAACUCUUCUAUGUUUCUCCAAACAUGAGAAUAGAACAACUAAAGCAAGAAAUCUGGCAGUUGCAAAUUGUAGGAAAGAAAUUUUUAUUGGCACUGUACCUUUGAAAUACCUCAUAACUUGAGUUUACAUAUUUUCCUAAUUUUUUGUACUUUUCUUAUUUAUUCACCUAGAGAGAAUUCUUCAUAUAUUAAUAACUAUGGUUGUGACCACUUAAAUUUUAAAAACUCCUGCACAAUCCAGAUAUUAUUUUAUGAGCAUCAGUGGCCAAAUAAAAACCUCUCUGAGUUGUAAACUCACAAUAAAGACAAGUUCAGGAAACAAAAAUACUUAUAUACAAACAUACGCAAUACAAAUAUAUUCCUUUCUAUGCAAGUCCCCUAUGAAAAUAAAAUCUUCAGGUUUGUUAUUUUUUGGUCUUAAUUCUUGAUUUUAAGUAAAGAAAUCCACAUUUAGGACCUAAAUUGGCCUAUUUGUCAGUAAUUUUUAGCAAUUUGUUACAUUUAGUAAAUCAUGGAUUUUUUUUUAAAUUGCAUUUCAAAAAGUCACAUAAAAGUGAAAAUAUGGGGGACUUUGGAAAUUCCCAAGUGAACUUCUUAUACAUGGGAGAACACAAAACUUUGGCUGUGCACUAAGAGGAAGUGCCAGGUUCCCAAGAACCUUAACAAACAUUUUGCUGGAAAGAUAUAACUGUUCAAAGUAGUGGUUAUGAAGCACCACACUUCUUUCAGCCAUACUUGCUAUUGCUACUAACUUUGGAGGACAACUUUUCUAGGAAAAAAAAAAAAAGUCAGAUUGGAAGCAAGCUAAAAACUAAAUUGUGCAUGGCUACUUUGCUGUGUCUAUGGCUAAAAAAAAAAAAGAGAGAUUUAAGAAAAUUACUU